GGCCGAGCUGAAUAAGCUCUGUGUGGGAAUUACUCGAAAAAUUUUUGAGUUCUUCAUAGCGUGAACAUGUCGGUAUCGGUGCUGGGGACCAGCAGAAGAGCAAGCGUCUUGUCUUUCGUCAACGUACACGUUCGUGGCUAUGCUCGAAAACCAGAAGAAACCAGCGACCCCAAAAAGGAGGCCAUUCGUCGAGCCAUGUACCCUUCCAACCUCCGAAACCGCGCUACACCAACUGGAGGAUGGCGACGUGACGUUGGCAGAGCUCUACAACAUGCGAUACCAUCUGUGCCAGCUCACGAAACCAUCGAGCGUGCGUGGCUGCUGCAUAAGAGGCAUGUCAGAAAACAAAGGGACGCAGAGCUAGCGAGGAAAUUCGAGUGUAUGAAGCAGGCGAUGGAAGAGUUGGCGGAAAUUGACCCACAUCUUUAUUAUGAGGCGAACAAGACUGUGGAUUCAAGGGAGAGGAGUUGCGCAGAAGCCGAGGUUGCGGUUAGCAUGAAGGCUUUAGAGUUGAAGGCCUUGGAUGCGAGGAUACAUGGACUAUUUCCCCGCGAGAUGCGAAUACCGACGGACACACCGUCUCGUAAUGGUUGGAACCACGACUGGAAGCCCUUCCCCAGGCCACUUUAGGAUGUUAAUGACAUGUUAUACAUUGCAGAUGUUUUGUGAAUGAAG